CAGUAAUGAUGAUAGUAUCAAUGCUAAUGCUAAUGCCAAUAAAAUUGCAAAUGAUAAUGAUAAUGCUUAUGAUAAUGCCAGUGACAACGAUUAUUAUAAGACUGAUAAUAUCAGUAAUGAUGAUAGUAUCAAUGCUAAUGCUAAUGCCAAUAAGAUUGCAAAUGGUAAUGAUAAUGCUUAUGAUAAUGCCAGUGACAACGAUCAUUAUAAGACUGAUAAUAUCAGUAAUGAUGAUAGUAUCAAUGCUAAUGCUAAUGCCAAUAAGAUUGCAAAUCAUAAUGAUAAUGCUUAUGAUAAUGCCAGUGACAACGAUCAUUAUAAGACUGAUAAUGUGUAUGUUAAUGUUAUUGGCAAUGUUAAUAAUAAUCUUUAA